CUCCGUAAGAUUAAGAGUUGAAAAAGAGUCGAGAAGUGGCGGAGGAAAGACGUGACACUUGUUCGAUCACUAUAGAAAAAAACCAAUUCAACUGUGACGUUUCGAAAGGUUUUUUCUUUUUCUUUCAUCAAGGAAAAAGUCAUAAAGAUACGAAAGGAUGCGGUUGUCAACGGUGUUCGAGUUACUGCUGAUAUUUUUGCUGAUUGCCUUCGCGGCUUACGGACGCGUAAUCGAUCGAGAUGAAUCGACGAUCCAUCGCGGAAUCAGAGCCGCCAACGGGUCGAGACAGAGCAAUGUUGGAGUCCACGUAAUGUCCCUGAAACAGGCGGCCCAGAACGUCAACAAAUACUGCAACUGCAACAGGCACAUUUGCAACUGUUGCAGAGACUUCGACAUUCCGUUGGUGGCCCUCAAGGGACCAGGUUGUGCUUCGCUGCAGUACCUCGAGCGUGAUAAAUUGGGGGUUCAGCUGAGCGUGGGCGACAACAUUUUGACGAGCACCGUCGUCAAUGGAGAAAAACCAAAGGCAGUUUGUUUCCCGAUGCCCGGUGGGCUGACGAAGUUCUGUGGACGAAUUUAUUCCAUCGAAAGAGAAGCGAACGAUCACUUCAAAGCGUGCCUUGGUCUCGAGCUGCAGUCAUCCAGCGUAACCGAAGCUGCUCUACGGGUCAGCUGUUUCAGAUUUGGUCCCGACGGCGUAGCUCUGCGUCCGGCGGAACAACUGCCGAUCGUGGAAGAGGAAAAGCCAGCGGAAGAUGAGGAGGAGGACGACGACCUCUUCGAUUUUGGAGUCGACGACGACGAAGAGGAAGAAGACUCCGGUCUGGGAAACGCGGUUCCGGGAUCGUCCAACUCGGGGGACGCCUCGUACGACGACGAAGACGAAGACGACGACGAUUUCUUGGGUUUCGGUCCGCUGCUCGAUCUCAUCACCGGCGAUGACGACAGCGACAAGAAGAAAAAGCCUCAGGUGACAACUUCGGCGCCUCUUUUGUCGUUCACUAUUCCGAUCCUGCCGAAGCCAACGACCGCGAUCGUCCCCGGCGAGCUUGGAAGCGUCAACGUCGGAGCGAAGCCCGUCGCUCAGAAACCCGAGGACAUCGGAGACCCGGUUUCCAUCGGCGGCGGCGGGGACGACCUACUCUCGACCGUUGACGUCUCAGCCACCGAGGAACUCUCGGAGGAAUCAGCGGCGACGGAAUCGGUCCACGAAUCAUCGCUGAGCAGCGAGGAAGGCACCGGGGCAACGGAAGCUUCUGCCAUCGCGGAAUCCGCCGAAGCUGUGGCCACCACAUCGGCCAACGAGAAGACCAAAAUAGUACCGUCAAACUCCGAUCGAAUCGAGUACGUCGUUAAACCCAACAGAAAAGUAACGAUCGUCAAGAAGGUAGCGAGCGUCUCCACGAAACCAAGCUUGACUGCCAGCAGCCCGAACGCGAUAAAAAGCGAGCAGAAAAAGCCGGUAGUCUCUUCCGUCAUCAUAAACAAAUUAACGAAACCCAGUGCAGUCCAAAAUUCCCUGGUUUCGUCUCCCAACAAGGUUACCAACAACGUCAAGGACGACGACGACGAUGACGACGACGACGAAGACAUCUUGGACGACUCUGAACUCGACGAGGAAGACGACGACGAGGACGAGGAGGAAGACGAAGACGAAAAAGUCGAGGACGAAACGCUCGAGAGCGAACACGAAAAUUCUGACAAUAACGAAAAUCACGGAGCUAAUGAGACCGACAAAAACGAAGAACAACACGAGGAGGAGGAGGAGGCCGUCGAAGAUUUGAUCGACGACGACGACGACGACGACGACGACGAGGAAGAGGAGGCCGAAGAAGAGUCUGCAGUUUUGAGCGCCUUCGUCGAGGGAGACUCCGACAAAAUACAAAACAAAGUCGCCGGCACCGUGCCCACCGAACACGAGGAAGACGAGGACGAUUACGAUCUCGGAAUGUCCGAUCUCUUGGUACGAAAAAAACGCAUGAGGACUUCCCGGCAGAGCAAAGUAAUGAGACUCUAAAAAAUUCUUCCACUUUACAAUUACGACGGGAUCGUCCAACGACUUUUUCUCGAUUUCCUUGAGCCGAAACUCGUAAAAAAAUUCUCAGGAUUCAUUGACGAAAACUUGGCAAUACCACGAUUGAAAAAAAAAGUCAUUCAAACUCUCGGUUCUGUGGAAACGUUCACAUUUUUCCGACUUCUGCGAAUUUUUCAAGCGAUUCGAUUCAAUGGCUCAAGACCAUCGGAUUGUCCUCUUUUCCCCAAAACAUUCCGAAUCUCAGACACGCAGAGGGCAUCGAGAGAAUUUUAAAACAGAUUCGAUCUUUCACGUUGAUUUACUGCUGCCGCGUGAUUCAACGACUGAUGCAAUCUUCCCAGUUUUCCGUGCAUCGCCAGCCAUACAAAUACACCAUAUUUAUGACACGAAUGAAAUUAAAAUUCCGCCCUAUUUAUUAAUAUUUAUAUUAUUUAUUCCUAAUUUAAUUAGAUUUACUUGAAUAAAAAAUGUACAU